AUGUCCUAUAAUCUUCCGUCCCCGUCCCCGCCGGCAACCUCCGGCCUCGACUUCGCCGACAAGCCGUAUCACACCUCACGCGUCGACCCUUUAGCCCGCUUCCACGAUAACGUAGCUCAGGUCCGGCGCUGGAUCCAAGACAACCUCUCAAACUUCUCCCACUUGGACGAAAUCAUUGUCCUCCAGCUCGGCUCCGACACACUCCCCCACCAGCCCCUCACCAUCGACUGCACCACGACGCCGCCCGUGCUCUCCAGCACCGUACCUUCCACCGCGCACAGGUCAAUCACCAUCCUGCCAGAGUACAUCCUCGACGCCAUCGAUGGGCGCAUGCACAGCCAGCACGCCUUCGGGAAGCGUGCCACGCCGCCCACUCUCGGCGCCAUCCCCGCGUGCUUCGCCCCAGGCGGCGUCCCGGCGCCUUGCGCGGCCGUUGACCCCGGCGUAUUGCCGAAGCCGACGGACGACGUGGCGCAGCUGAAGCGCGACUUGACGAAAUGGGGCUACGCCAUCUGCGGGAACGCGCUGAGCGCGGAGCAGGUGCAGGUUAUCCGCACCGCCGUGGAGGAGCAGGCCGAGGCUGAGAGGCUGGUUGGGGUCGGGCAUUUGGACACCGCGCACAAGAGCGCGGGGGAUCAGCCGAAUCAGCGAGUCUGGAACCUCCCCAACAAAGGCGACGAGUUUCUCGACCUGCUCAACCACCCGCUCAUCGACGCCAUCAUGCCGUGGUUCCUGGGCGGCAACUUCAACCUCUUCACCAUGUCGGCCAACAUCGCCCGGCCCGGCACGUCGGGCAUAUACAUGCACCGCGACCAGAUGGUCAUGGCCCCGGACACGACGGCGCAUGCCUAUGUGCUGAAUGCCAUGUGGUAUUUGACUGAUGUUUCCGACGAGAAGGGCGCGACGCGCGUGUAUCCGGGGAGUCAUUUGAUGAACGUCUUACCGGAUAUCAAUCAUGUCGGCACAUCCAUCCCCAUAGCAGCGCCAGCAGGCUCCUGCGUGCUUCUCGACAGCAGAACGUGGCACUCGACGGGCGUCAACACGACCAGCGAGAUGCGGCCGGUCAUUCUGCAGUCGUUCUGCAGGUUCUUUGUCCGGCAAAUUGAGAACUACCAGUCCAUCCUGAGCGACGAGGUCAAGGCCAAGCUGUCGGAGCGUCAGAGGGCGCUGUUAGGUCUGCCGAGUCUCAAGCCCGGCGGCAAGGGACAGGGCUUUGCGGUGUACAGCUGGCCAGGGACGCAGGUCGGGAGGAUGAGGGUCGCCGUCGGGAAAGAUUAG